AUGGCUUCUGUUUUGGUUCUGGGUCACAGUUUUGUUAGACGUUUAGAUGAUACAUUGUCGGGUUCAUGGACGAAUCUUGGAUUCGACCCGGACAAAGUUCAGAUAACUUGUGUUGGAAAAAGUGGAGGUAGACUUCGUCACAUGUAUGCUAGAUGGAUAUCUAACAUUAUACAGGACGUUAAACCUUCAGUAGUGUUACUCCAGAUUGGAGGAAACGACCUAGAUCGUUUUGACUUUGAUACGGUGAAGGACACAAUAGUGACCGACCUAAUUUCUAUAGCCGAGUGGUUGUUGGCGGGAUUCCGAGUACAACAAGUUGGCUUUAUGCAGUUGUUUUAUAGACAGUCUACAAGAUCUAUGCCGGUACAUAUUUAUAAUGAACAUGUUGACUUUGUUAAUAAUGCUCUUAAACAGCGGUGUGUUGGUUCGACUGACUAUUUUUAUUGGAGACACAAAGGUCUAAAAGAUGGCGUGUUCGAAGAUUUGUGUAGAGAUGGUGUUCAUUUAUCUGCUAAUGGUAUGCGCAAGUACAGUUACUCUGUGCGGGGAGCCGCCCUGCAGGGCCUACGAUUGGCUGCUGCUUCCACGUGA